AUGCCGUCACCACCAGCUAUUAGAAAAGGCUAUAAAAUUGCGGCGGGGGCUGCAGCAGCCGCCGGUCUAAUGAAAUAUUUGUAUCCGUAUGCUCGCCACGACCUACGGAUGCUUCGAGGAGUAAACGCACUCCUGACAGGUACUAAUGCUUACCUAGAAAACAACAAGUACUUCGUGGACAUGUUCGAGAAGACCGCUACCCAAGACCCAUAUAGGACAUUCAUAAUCUUUGAAGAUGCUAUUUAUACUUAUGGCGACAUCGACUCAAUGGCCAACAAAUUCGCUAACUUCGUGCACAAUCAGGGGUUGAGACUUGGUGACUGUGCUGCAAUAAUGAUGUACAAUGAGCCGUCAUUCAUUUGGAGUUAUUUAGGGUUUGCUAAGUUGGGAAUCAAGUGUGCACUAAUCAACUAUAACAUGAGAGCCAGGUCGCUUCUGAACUGUAUUGAGAUCACCGGUGCACGUGUUUUAUUAGUUGGACAUGACAAUCAUCUAAUAUCGUACGUGGAAGAAAUAUCCAGUCAAUUACACCAACAAAAGACUGACAUAUGGACAACUGGUGGAAAAGAUCGAGGAAUAUUCUGGCAUAUUGAUAGAGAUUUGUCUAACACAUCCAAUCAGCCUGUACCAAGAGAAAUCAGGGGUCAGCUUCAGAAAACAGAUACAUCUGUAUAUAUAUUUACUUCCGGUACUACAGGUCUCCCCAAAGCAUCAGUGGCAUCGCAUACCCGUCACGUGAGAGCUGCAUUUACGUUGACAUCAUCCGGUCAUGGUCUCACGUCCAAAGACCGAAUAUAUGUAUCAUUACCACUCUAUCAUUCGUCAGGAUUUUACCUGGGAUUCGCAACAGCAGUUAAUUACGGAUCAAGUAUGGUUCUUACCAGAAAAUUUUCAAGCCAUAAAUUCUGGGAUGACUGUCGUCGUCAUAGUGUAACUGUUAUUCAAUACAUUGGAGAGGUAUGCCGAUAUCUACUGACUUUACCCGAGCAUCCCGACGACAGGAAACACUCGGUGAGAAUGGCAGUAGGGAAUGGACUUAAAGCAGACAUAUGGAGUCAGUUUAAGAAUAGGUUUAACAUACCAAUUAUUUACGAGUUUUAUGGAGCAACUGAAGGUAACUUCCUCGGACUGAAUUUCGACAACACCGUCGGCGCCGUCGCACGUUCUACACCCCUGCUCAAGUUUCUAAUGGGAUUUCAUUUGAUCAAGUUUGACAACGAAACAGCGGAAGUCAUUCGAGGUCCUAAUGGUAGAUGUAUACCUGUAAAAUUCGGAGAACCUGGUCUUCUCAUAACCGAAAUCAGUGACCGUAUAGCAUUCGAAGGUUACCAUGGAAAUAAAAAGUUAACUGAAGAGAAAAUAAGUAGAAAUGUAUUCAAAGACGGCGACGCUUAUUUAAAUUCUGGUGAUGUAAUGAUUUUAGACAAGAACUAUUAUUUGUAUUUUGUGGAUAGACUCGGAGACACUUUCAGAUGGAAAGGUGAAAAUGUCUCUACUACCGAAGUGGCCAGCGUCUUGACCAUGUUUCCCGGCAUUAAUGAAGCCAAUGUGUACGGCGUGCAAGUUCCCGGUCAGGAUGGCCGAGCUGGUAUGGCCGCCAUAGUAUUUAACGACGAACAAGAAUGUGACAUGCAACAGUUAUACAACCACGUGACAAAAGCUCUACCAUUGUACGCAUGCCCUAUGUUUCUCCGGAUAACACAGACGCUCGAAACCACCGGUACAUACAAAUACAAGAAAAAAGAUCUGAUGCGCGAUGGUUUUGAUCCAGGCAAGACAUCAGACAAAUUAUACUUCAAGGAUUUUACUAAGAAGACUUACUCGCCAUUGAAUAAAGGAGAAUUUCAAAAAAUUGUUUUCGGUAAAGCGAGGUUAUAA